AUGAUGAGUAUCCAGGACAACUCGCUCGAGGCUCGGUUGAUGAGAGCGGUGUACAGCGGCGCGCGCGCAGGCGGGGCGGCGCUGCCCACGCUACAUCCACCUUCUGUCUUGUAUUGUGUGUCAUACACCCACAGGAUACUACUACCAAUAUAUCUACUAGUGCUGUUGGAGGAACAUAAGGUCCUGGUUGAAGAUAUCCUUAUGGACUAUAAUCACCCCCCAGCAAUAGCCGCUCGCAUGCAUUGGAUCAUGUUAGUAAGGAGAGAACCUCGAUGCAAUUGGAGCAGCAACCGCGGCAUUAAGUGGGCAGUAAACAGCGGCGAGCACUCGCGAGCAAAACGAGGCGAGCAAUAUUAUACCGGCGCGAUACAUAUCGAGCGAGCGCUACCGGCGGCGGCACCUCGCCACCGCGAAACGUCCCCCGGCCCACCAGCUCACUGCUACUUACGACCUUCUGCAGCGCAGCACACGAAUAAUUUAAUUCGAGCACAGCCCGUUAAUCUGCUGGAUCACGGAGAGAAUGCGCCGGCGCUCGGCGCGCCGCACUCGAAUUUAUUGUUUAUGAAAUUGUUUUUGCAUGUUGCAGAUUAG